CAUGUGCAAAUACAGUGCAGGCGCCUGCGUGUACAUUGUUUUUCUACAACAGCGACAGCUACUUAAACAUCGCGAUUCCUUUCUGGCUGAAAAAAUCUUGAGCCAUCGAAAGCGUUCUCACCGCAGAUUAACUCUAUAACUUUACCGAUAAAGGUUGAAAGUGUGGCAGGUUUGAUUGUAAAGUCGAAUUGAAUACUUUGGAGCAAAACAUUGAUUGCUGGCUAAAACACUCACAACUUGUUAACACGGACUGACUUUUCAAGCAAGAAAUUGUCAGCCAAGAUGGAAAACCCAUAUAAUCAUGGACGGCCUUCGUACUAUGACCAAUCGGGGCCAGUUUCUUACAACUACGAAAACCAUGCCGGACCCAGUUCCUACCCAUUUCAAUACGGUGUUAAUGGCCAUGCUUACCAAAAUUAUCAUCCGCAACUUUCCUCUCAGAAUUACAUGCAUGCGCAGAAUCCGAUGAUUAAUGCAAAGCAGCCCCAAAACUACCCCCACCCGCCGCAGCCGUAUCCUACCUACACGAAUCAUCAUUCUUACACAGUUCCUCCUAUUCCAAAUUCCUCCUCGGCAUGGCAUCAUCCAAUACACCAACAGCCCGAGGUUCAUUCGCCUCUUCAGCAAAUUUCGACCUCACUUCCUUACAAUCUGAACGUAGAAACACCUUCCCAUAACGAUGCAUCAUCACAUUCUCAUCCUCCAACCCCUGCUCCCACAUCAUCUUCAUCGCAAACUGCUCAAUUAUUUACCGCAUCUACAUCUUCUCCUACAAAUCCUUCAUCUUCGUCGAACUCUCAAGAUUCCCAUUCGACUCCUAUGAGCAUUUUCUCAACAACUUGGGCGAUUUGGUCACGCCGUCCUACAGAUCCUAAUCUUGCACCCGGUCUCGUCUUUUCCUCACGUAUACGACCGCCUGAUUAUAUCGUGAGAGACGCACUGGAUAUCAGAACACCACCUGCAUCUCCUACAACGGAGGCCACACCCUUACCUGAUAUAGAAUCGCAGCAAACCCGAGAAGAUGUAGAGUGGGGGGUGACUGACAGUGUGCCAGAGCCUGCUGUUGUGCUUCUGCCGGCAGCAUCUGUUGCAUCCUCCGAAGAAACCUCGACUACCGCAACCGCUACACCUAGCACGACGCUACCUGGCUCUCCUGCAAGCAGUACCACAUCUAUAUCGGUUUCCGCUCCUGCUGGUCCAUCCAAAGAUACCUCUUCUGAAUACACCGAAACUCCUACUUCACCGGAGCUUGCGCUUACACCUGAUGUCGCAGCCGUGUCGACGACGACGAUGUCUCCCAAAUCACCGCCCCCUUUAAAAAAAUCAUGGGCUUCCAUUCUUCGACCCACUACUGACCCAUCUCCUUCUGAUGCUGUUACUCAGCGAACCAGACCAAGGAUCCCUACGUCUUCUAUUGUCGGAUUCUCAGUACCUGCGGACGCUAUCGGCAGUUCUCAAGGAGGCGGGCAGGCCAUUCCAACCGGUAAACGCGCUGAGCUACUUGCCCUGCUGAACUCAGACCUGAAGCCUGCAUCUAACUCAGGGCCUACAUCAUCGGGAAUCUCAUAUGCUGCUAUGUCAGUCGCGUCUACCAAGAUCGAUUUCAAAGCCAAAACGAGUCCUUCGAAAAUCCACCCUCGUGGGCUGAUUAACACCGGAAAUAUGUGUUUCGCCAAUUCCGUUCUUCAGCUGCUCACUUAUUCACCUCCCUUCUUCCGCCUCUUUCAUGAACUGGGUCGUAUUGGCAUGGAGGAUGUGAAGCAGACAAGCGGCGUGCAGGUCCCGUUGGUCGAUGCUACGAUCGAGUUUUUAACGAAGUUUCUGCCAGAGGAUCGCAAGGCGAGGCUAGAGGAGGAGAACAAAAAGGUCAACGCCCGAAUGACGUCCACCUCAUCCAGUAACGGUGCCUCCAUUGCUGGCUCGUCAAGCAGCAAAGGCAAGGAACGCUCGAUGACGCCUCAACCCGAGGAUGACCUUUGUCCUUUCAUCCCAACAGGCAUCUACGAUGCUCUGAAGACCAAGAAACAAUUUGACUCCAUGCGAGGUGGGCAACAGGAAGAUGCAGAGGAAUUCCUUGGAUUUUACCUUGAGGGCUUGGAGGAGGAGUUGACGACGUUGACGGAGACAUUGACGCAUGGAGAAAGUGGUACUCUUCUCGAGGGCAAAAACAAGAAGAAGGGAGCUACUGCGGUAGAGGAGACUGAGGAGGAUGCACCUCCUGAGGCAGAACAAGACGGAUGGAUGGAGGUUGGGAAGCGUAAUAGGACUGUGGUCACUAGAACGAUUAAAUCGACUGAUUCACCCAUUACACGCAUCUUUGGCGGGAAAUUCCGCUCGUCACUUCGUGUCCCUGGUCAGAAGGAGAGCGCAAUUGUGGAAGACUGGAGGAGUCUACGACUCGAUAUCCAGCGAGACUCAAUCCACACAAUCCAAGAAGCCCUUGCCAAUAUUUCAAAACCACAAACUGUUCACCUAGUCGACCCACCAAGAGAAGGUUCUCAAUUGGUGCUUAUCGAAGCGCUUCCCCCCGUGCUUGUCCUUCAUAUGAAGAGAUUUGAGUACGACGCUUCGGUGGGCAGUGUCGUCAAAGUCGGCAAACAGGUGGCGUUUGGGCCCGAGUUGGUCAUUGGCGCGGAUCUGCUGAGCGCCAAGGCUCGGAGUAAUUUGGGUUCCCAAGGCGUUAAAUACAAGUUAUUCGGAGCCAUUUACCAUCACGGUAUCUCUGCCUCUGGUGGACAUUAUACUCUCGAUGUUUUACACCCGGACCGUUUCCCUCGCGCGGCGACUGCAAAGCCUCGUGAAGGCUGGAUACGUAUUGAUGAUGAGCUCGUCUCGGAUGUCAGGCCGGAAGAUGUCUUCGGGCAAGGGGACUUUGAUGAUGGUGGUGUACGCUGUGCGUAUCUGUUGUUUUAUAGGAGAAUGAAGUAGGUAGGAAACGAUGUAUACUAAAGGCCGAGACUUAAGGAAGUCGUAUCGAUUAUGUUCAUCGGGGAGAGGCAUCGGAAGAUACAAGUCGAAAAAUGAAACAUAGCUUGGUAGAACUCGAGAGAUAUCAAUAUCAAUUGUCUGUCUUGUUUUUUUUCUGCUUUUGCGACAGGAGCGCAUGCUGAAGAUGUGGGCGCAAAGUGCUCUAAUGAGUCAUGUCACUGCCAUAGAGGGAAUAUCAUGCCACUGCGAUAUUUGCAGCUUUGAUAUCAUCAAGACUGGGGAAAGCAGGGGGAAAGGCCC